AUCAAACAUGGCGCUAGGGCGAGCCUGACGCGAAGUUAGUUUCUCCUCCAUCGUAGGUGAAACUGAUAUUUCAAAAGCCUGAUGCCGAAGUAAAAAAAAAAAAAAAAAGUUGUGUGUGAACAACUAGAUUAGGUUGUGAAAGACUUUGUUGGAGUAGGUCUUCGUCGGAGUGCUGUGAGAAACCCAAGGUAGAAGGACGUUUUGACAGCUUUGUUCCUUUUUCCUUCAUGGACAUCCAUCUAGCAGGACUUCAUCAACUGUCAGGAUCAGAUUGUCGGCAAAAAAGGCAACCCGAUUCUCUUGGUUCGGACGACGAAGGAAGCACCAGUAAAUUUGGCAGGAUGGAGGAUGACAAUAUGCAAGAUAAAGAACGCUUUGCCAGUAGGGAGAACCAUUGCGAAAUUGAGCGCCGAAGGCGCAACAAAAUGACGGCUUACAUCACGGAGCUGUCCGAUAUGGUCCCCACUUGCUCAGCUCUGGCCCGCAAACCGGAUAAACUAACUAUUCUUCGGAUGGCUGUAGCACACAUGAAAGCUCUUCGAGGAACUGGCAAUACAAGCGCUGAUGGAACUUACAAACCUUCAUUUCUCACGGAUCAAGAAUUGAAGCAUUUGAUUCUUGAAGCAGCUGACGGCUUUCUUUUUGUUUCGGCUUGCGACACUGGUCGUUUAAUCUACGUUUCGGACAGUGUUACUCCGGUGCUUCAUCAAGGCCAGAGUGACUGGUUUGGUUCUUGUCUGUACGACCACUUGCAUCCGGAUGACGUAGAUAAAGUCCGUGAACAGCUGUCAACUCAGGAACCACCCAAUGCAGGCCGUAUACUCGACUUGAAAACGGGCACGGUCAAGAAAGAGGGACAUCAAUCAUCUAUGCGAUUAUGCAUGGGUUCCAGACGAGGAUUUAUCUGCAGAAUGAGACUAGGACAGGUUUCGCCAGAUCCACUUACGUCUCCUCCAGGUCCUCUGCAUCGACUACGACAGCGUUCUGCCUUAGGUCCUUCACGCGAUGGUCAUCAUUACGCCGUUGUUCAUUGCACGGGAUACAUUAAGAAUUGGCCACCCAGUGGAGUGCCAAUGGAUCGAGGAGUCGAUGACGACUCCCAUUCUGGAUCUCACUGUUGUCUGGUUGCCAUUGGCCGCCUUCAGGUCACUUCCACACCAAAUACUUCUGACCUAGUUGGAUCCAACUCGGCUGCAGAGUUUAUCUCACGUCAUUCAGCUGAUGGGAAAUUCACUUUUGUUGACCAGCGGGCACUUAACUUACUGGGCUAUUCUCCACCAGAAUUGCUAGGAAAAAUCUGCUUCGACUUCUUCCAUCCGGAAGAUGUUAGCCAUAUGAAAGAAAGUUUUGAGCAAGUUCUUAAACUCAAAGGCCAGGUGAUGUCGGUCAUGUACCGGUUUCGGUCCAAGUCGCGUGACUGGAUCUGGCUUCGAACAUCAGCAUUUGCUUUUCUGAAUCCAUAUACUGAUGAAGUCGAGUACAUUGUCUGUACAAAUACAUCAGCCAAAUCGUUGCACCACACAGGUGAUGCAUCAGUUUCUGGAGAGGUUACGGGAACGGUAGUUGAUUCCGCGGCUGUUGGGGCGGCGAGCAGUGGACUGGUGGCUGCCUAUGGCCAUGCCAGCCAAGAUUACGGACGAAACGCUCGUGAAGUUUAUCAUGCCCAGUCGCUUUCUGAAGGCCAAGGUCGACCGAAUAGUAACCAGACUAUGUACAAUCCUUCUGCUGCUACCUCGUCUCAGUACGAGACAACUACAGCACAGUCUGUCGAGGGACCCUCCAACUCUGUAUUGAACCGGUUACCCUCGGGCGGAAGCACGAAACAAACACCUAGCCCUACUGCCUCGGCAGGAAGUGGAGCCUGGUCUACCCACGCCACUGCCCCGGGCUAUUCUGCUUAUGAAGGAAUAAGCCCAUCGCGAUCUCCAGGAGGAAGUUCUGGACCAACGUACACGCAGCUAGGGAGUUCGGCGGCAACCGGUCGAGCAGGAUACCAUCAGAGUUCAGGACUUUGGCACUGGCAAUCACCUGUAGUUCCACCCGCCGAAUCUAGCCCGAAUAACGGAGGGCCUACUGGCGGAGGAGGAGCAGGUGGUGGAGUUGGUGUGCCGACUACAUCUUCGGCAAAUCACCCUGCUCAAGGAUCUGAAUUAGUAACAGACAUGCUUCAGAUGCUGGAUCACUCUGGCACGUCAGGGUUUGAAGAUCUGAACAUGUUCUCGUCAAACUUCGAGUAAUGUGUCCCACCUACAAAUAGUUGCAUUUCGUGCUGUUCAUCUCCUUCGUCUUGUAUCGUUGAGGUCGUAUAUCCCCUUUUCUAGAGAACUGUUGCCGUGCACUCCGAGCGCAAUUUGUGCCCGUGUUGCCCCUUCCCUAGGCGCUGGAGCGGCAUGCCAUAUGAGUACAUUUUUUUUUUUCUUUAAAAAUUAAAAUUUGUUUUAUUGUGCAUUAUGCAUUGUAAACAAGGGCUUUACUUUCCAGUUCUUUAUUUGGACGAAUAUCUUACUGGAUAACGUCGAUACGUGGCUCUCGAUUUUUUAAAAACUAGUGUUAGCAAUACCCCUACAUUUCAUAGUUUAAAAGCUGGGCCCAGAUGAUUCUUUUUUUUUUUGCCUUGUAUUUCUUUUCAAAAGAGAGAAUUAAUGCUGUUUCAUUGUUUCGUCAAUUUUGAUUGAAAUUGAUUUAGUUCGGUAGCUUUUUACAAAACGACUAGCACAUAUUCUUACAUGUACGAGUUUUUUUCCAUCUUUUUUUUUGUCCUUUACGUAUUCGUAAUCAACCAAAAUUCGCAUGCUCAUGAGACAUUGAGCACCUGUAAUUCUUCUUCUUGUAUUGGAAAACGAAAUGAAUGGGCUUUCUUCUACUGCCUAGACAAUCGUCAUUCAUGGCGAUCGCUUAGCACACACCCUUCCCCAUAACCUAAAUUGUCUUAUCAAUAAUUUGCACACCUCUGUUGUAGUUGUUACCGUAACACUCGCGUAGUUAAAUGACGAGGGGGGAAAUUGACUUGUUUUCACAGCCAUCGUGUCAUAUCUCCAUUUUUAGGAAGGGCUCAUUUGGAUUCCGCGAUCAUUUGCAUUUGUCCACCCGCAGUUCCUCUUACGAGAUGUACUGCCCCGUCGUCUUUAGUUUUUUUCCCCCAUCCGACUACGUAAAGGAAUUGACAAUACGUGAACCCAUUCCUAUUGUGUGCUGCACAAUCUUGAUCUAGUAUUGUCGUAAUGUCGUAGACUCGAAACAUGCAAUUAUAUAUUUUACAAACUUGAA